CCAGGAGGGAGCGUGAAGAAAUCAAUUCGUUCAUACGAGCUCACUACAAACAUAUUGAGUAUCUAAGUUCAAAGGUUUUAAUCCAAGGGAAGUUUUAAAUACUACUUUUGUAACGAUGUACAAACUGGUUGAAGGUGACCUUUGGAGGGUAUUUUACGCGCAGUAUAUGAAUUGUAGUCCCAUUAUGAGUUCAGAUGACAAAAAAGAAACCGAAACAUCCAACAAAUGUGAUGAGGGUUUUCUACCUGAUGCAAAUCCUACUUCGGAAUCUCCGCGAUUCUCUAUAGCCAUGAAAAUGAAUCGUCAUGAUAAUGAUAAAGACACAUUGCUACCUCCUUCACCUCCGAAGUUUGUGUCAAUGAAUCAACUUGCGGAAGCAGCUAAAGCAUUCUAUAAUAUGUCUUUAGCACAUGAAAUAACCGUGGAUUCUGAGUUUAGAUUGGAAAAGUAUGAACCACAAGAAAAAAGUUUGGAAUAUUGUAUUAAAGAAACAAUGCAUAGAGCAUUUUGGGAUAUUUUACGAUCUAGUUUAGAUUGUGAUCCUCCAGACUAUGAACCAGCUUUACGCUUACUUGAAGAAGUUAAACAGUCUUUACAAGGUUUAGUUUUACCUAAUCAAACAAGAUUAAAAACACUUAUUGAAAAUCUUUUGGAUAUGGAUAUAGCUAAAUCUCAAUUAGAAGAAACUGGUCAUUUAAGUUUAGAAUUUUAUAAAAAUGAAGUAAUUAAUUUAAUGAAACAAUUUUGUGCUCCAAUACGUGAUCAAGAAAUUGAAGAUUUAAGAAAAAUUAAUGAUCCAAUUGAUGCAUUCAAAAAUGUUUUUGUUGUAUUGGAUAAAAUGCAUAUGGAUUUGGCUAAUUUCACAAUUAAACAAAUGAGACCAUAUAUUCGUCAACAAGCUGUUACUUAUGAACGAACAAAAUUUGCUACAUUUUUAGAAGCUCAACAAAGUAAGUAA